CAUGUAGAAAAUACAUGUAGAAAAUACAUGUAGAAAAUAUGUACAUGUAGAGAAUUACCCCACACAAAUGCUUCUUCCCUUCUUCGACCCCGACAAAUACAAUUCCAAGACCUUUUUAUCAUUUAGCCUCUAACAUAAACAUAACAACUAUCUAAAUCUUCAAUUAUUUGAGCACACCUUCAUUCGACUCACAGAGUUGACAAAUACACCACUUCUCACUUCACGCAAUUUCUCUCAGCAUAUCUCCUACGGUGUAUGCCCUUUCGAAACUAACAUAUCAAAGUCAAAUCGAGAGCAUGGAAUCACAGACUACCGCCAAUCAAGCUCAACCCCAGCUUGGAGUGCUCCUCCAGGGCAUCGGCAAACUAGUAGAAGCAGCGCUCUCGUCAAAUAGCGCUAUAGUGCAGGAUCAUAGCGUUAAAUCCAAUAGUACCUUACUUCGGUCUCGUCAAUCCGAGUUGCUUAAGGAAUUUAAGGAUAUGAUGCUUGCGAUUCAGAAUAGGGCAUCCAAGGCGAUCUACGAGGUGGAGACGAAAUUGGGUUCAUUGGAAGACUUGCCUGGUGUUAAUCCGGGAAGCGAGCUGAACCACCUACUGGGAUGCACGCUCCUGGGUCGUAGACCGAGCUACAAACUUCGCGAUUCUGUCCACGGCAUGCCCCGUCCACAGCUGAUCACCUACGAUGAAGCUAACCCGAUGCUGCCCCAGAAAUUUGGGGAUCCUAUCUUGGCCUUGCAACCUACGUUGCGAAACGUCUGGGUAAUCCAGCAUGCUUAUGCAAAGCUACUAAAUCACAAAGAGGUCCUUAUCCAGCGAUAUCUUGCCGCAGCAGACGAAAGUGCAGUAGUGAGCCGUAAAAUAUCUCGCGAGUACUAUGAAGACCUCAGCUUAGGACAGUUGCCUUCAAAGAACAAGCUAGGCAACUUGCUUGAUGUCAAGCACUCGUCGUAUAACCAUGCGACACACGAUCUACAGAUCGUCCUCGCCUUCAGGGAACUUGAUGGUAGCCUCAAGUAUGUGGAGGCUGUGAAAGGAGAUCCGGUGGACAUAGGAAAUGACGAAGAGAAUGGACAAUACCUGGUCCUACCUGUUGCUGAGGCAAGCAUCAAGAACCUCUACGACGCAUAUAGGUCUCUCAGAAAGGCGACUUCAGAACAGCGUCGAGCUACUAAGGAUAAGGAAUUUGCGGCCAAGCUACCGGUGGACGAGAUGGACGAGCUCCAAAAGCAGUUCAGUUCUACCGGGAGUGGGCUUCUUAAUGAGACGAACGUCGGUAGCACUAGGAAGCGUCGCCGAAUGGUGGACGAUGACGGCGAAUGAAUAGUUUAAUCUGAAGGAUACGUGAGAGUAUUUCUGGCUUUCGUAUAUCUACCUACCUAUCUUACACAUCUUGAAAGUAUUUAAGAAAUUUCGUUAAGAGUGUUCCACAGGAUGCUAGCUAGGUACAGUACCUAGGUAAAUAUCAGGUGGCAGAGGUAAGAGGCGUAUUAUUUCAUAUUAGUGAAUAAUAAUUAGGUAGCACCUGAUGCAACGGCAUGGUGCCCAUCGCGUCAACAGCUAGCUGGUGGACCGGGGUUGUUUGAUUGGGGCAAUCUAAUUUCCUCGAUAGGAAGGACGGUCAAGAAGAGAGCGGGAACAUCGCGAUAAACAUUUUAUUAGUGUCGUGGAUAUCAUGGAAGGAUUUAGAGGCGGAAAUUAUCAUAUUCGUUCACCGGGAACAUAUGAUGCGGGAUAGAGCUGAGGGUAGACGAGGCAAGACAAUGCGAAUCGAAUACCUAAUACCUACCACAGGAAUGCAAGAAUACAAGAAUACAAGAAUACGCGAUGUGAAAGGAUGGGAUGUAAUAAUACGAUAGGCGAGUGCGGUGCGGGGUGUUAUAAAUAUGAUAUCAAAGGAUACCUAU